UAUUUCUUGCAGGAAAAAUGGUGUGAAUGGCCUUGGUUGCGAUGUGAGUGUGUUUUUUUCUAAAAAUUUGUGAUACACGUGGAAGAAGAUGCCGUUGAAGCUGAAGUUGAGAAAAAGCCGGCAAUACAAUGUUUCCACCAAGUCUUUGUACGUGUUGACUGUCGAGCUGCUUGAUGGCAGCACAAUUGACUGCACGCUGACUGCCGACAGUACUGGAAGGGACUGUUUGGAAAACAUUUGCCAAAGAUUGGGUUUGCAGCAACCCGAAUUCUUCGGGCUACGGUUUGAAGCUCGACGUUGCUUGCCGAGGAUAAGAUGGGUUGAGUUGGACAAACCCGUCAAGAAGCAGCUAGAGAAAUAUGGCGACGACCAUAAACUUUACCUCGGAGUAAUGUUUUACAUCACUGAUGUACAUCUCAUCCAUGACGAGAUCACAAGGUAUCAAUAUUUCCUUCAGCUGAAGCAAGAUGUCCUGGAAGGAAAAUUGGCAUGCAAUCAAGACCAGGCCAUUUCUUUGGCAGCUUACAGUUUGCAGGCUGAGUUUGGGGACCAUGACCCAGAGAGACACACACUCGAGUAUUUGAAAGAGUUUGCUUUGUUGCCGAAAGGAGAAGCAGAUUUGUCUCUGAUCGAGUUGGUCAUGCGACAUCACGUCACUCUUCAGAGCUUGUCUCCAACUUUGGCUGAAGUCUAUUAUAUUUUAGAAGCUCAAAAGUUGGACGGUUAUGGAGUGGAUUUCUUCCCUGCGAAGACGGACGCUGGUCACGAAUGCUUCAUUGGCUCAUCAUUGCUUGGAAUUGUGAUCAGGUAUUUGAACCCAUCAGGUGUCCGAUACUGCAGAUGGUCGGAUAUCACGAACCUGGUGAACCAGAAGAAGGAAUUUACGAUUGAGUGCCAACGGGUGGAAGAUUCUGCCCGGUUUGUAUUUAGCGAACAAGAGCUGGCCAAGUAUGUGUGGAAGACCUGCGUGUCCCAGCACUCGUUCUUCAAGGGCCAAACGGCGGCUCUGGGUCUCAGUGAAAAGGUCCUGGUUCUUUCUGCCAACGCGAAUGGGCCAUCUGCAGCUGCCGUUUCUCUUGACCAGGAUGAGCGUUUGAAUGCGGGCAAUAAACAUAGCCAAGCCCAGUUUUGUGAACAGUAUGCGAGACGAAUGCCUGCAUCGGGAUCUCUACCAAUCAUCACGUCCUUGCCAGAGUCUUCGCCGCCGUCGCAACAACAGAAUAAUUCUUCAGCCAUGAUAACCUCGUCCUCUACCCUUGGGCUACAGAUGCAGAUGACAGGGGAUGACGCGAAUGGAGCUUCCACCAGUCUGGUUGCUUAUCCAGGCAACCCGGGCUACAUGUUUGCUCCGCCACAACAACAGAUGAGGAGAGGAAAAAUGUCUAAAGCUCAAAAGCGAACAAUUAGUUUCGGAAAAAUUUCGCUGCCUUCUUCGUCUUCGGUGACUGAGGAAGUGAAAAGUGUCGCUCCUGAUACCAUUGGUUUCGGAAGUUUCGGGGCACCUACGAAAACUGAGAAUGAUGAUGAAAUUGACUCAACUUGGAUCCAAGAAGAAGAGGACGAAGAGGAGCAGCCAGAAGAAGACAAAGCGGCUGCAGAAGAAAUUGCCAAGGUCAUGGGGUUUUCGGGUUUUGGCAAGGCAAAGACCUUUGAUGUCGAUCAGGUGUUUGAGCAGGCUAGAAAAGCUGCUCAGGGCUUGAAAAAAUUGGAACCUGGGACGAGUGGUGAGAAUCCUUUCAGUGUUUGGCUUCUAAGUGACAAGAUUCCUUGGGCUGAAGACAUCACCCUGAGGCAUGGAACUAAGGGCGUGUCUGCGAUUGCGGUGGAUAAUUCUGGAGCCAGGUUGACAACUGGUGGCUUGGAAUACGAAGUUAGACUUUUCGAUUUUGCUGGCAUGAAUGCUGCGUUUUUGCCCUUUCGAACACUGAAGCCGUGCGAAUCGCAUCCAAUCCUGAAUCUUCAGUAUUCGCACACGGGCGAUCGAAUUCUGGUGAUCUCGGGAAGUGCUCAGGCGAAGGUGCUGGACAGAGAUGGACACGAGCAACUAGAAUGCGUCAAGGGCUAUCAAUUCAUCUCAGACGGAAAAAUGUCUAAAGCUCAAAAGCGAACAAUUAGUUUCGGAAAAAUUUCGCUGCCUUCUUCGUCUUCGGUGACUGAGGAAGUGAAAAGUGUCGCUCCUGAUACCAUUGGUUUCGGAAGUUUCGGGGCACCUACGAAAACUGAGAAUGAUGAUGAAAUUGACUCAACUUGGAUCCAAGAAGAAGAGGACGAAGAGGAGCAGCCAGAAGAAGACAAAGCGGCUGCAGAAGAAAUUGCCAAGGUCAUGGGGUUUUCGGGUUUUGGCAAGGCAAAGACCUUUGAUGUCGAUCAGGUGUUUGAGCAGGCUAGAAAAGCUGCUCAGGGCUUGAAAAAAUUGGAACCUGGGACGAGUGGUGAGAAUCCUUUCAGUGUUUGGCUUCUAAGUGACAAGAUUCCUUGGGCUGAAGACAUCACCCUGAGGCAUGGAACUAAGGGCGUGUCUGCGAUUGCGGUGGAUAAUUCUGGAGCCAGGUUGACAACUGGUGGCUUGGAAUACGAAGUUAGACUUUUCGAUUUUGCUGGCAUGAAUGCUGCGUUUUUGCCCUUUCGAACACUGAAGCCGUGCGAAUCGCAUCCAAUCCUGAAUCUUCAGUAUUCGCACACGGGCGAUCGAAUUCUGGUGAUCUCGGGAAGUGCUCAGGCGAAGGUGCUGGACAGAGAUGGACACGAGCAACUAGAAUGCGUCAAGGGCUAUCAAUUCAUCUCAGACGUGAGCAAGACGAAAGGGCACAUUGGUGGUCUAACAACCGGUUGCUGGCUUGACAUUUUUACUCUUGAAAGCCGACAUUGA